ACUAUAAUCAGCUCUGAGAAAGAGCUGGAGCUAGUGUUCUCCCCAAAUCUGAUUUCAAUUUUCUUCCUCUAUAAAAGAGGCCUCCAUAUUUUAUUUUGUUUUGGGUUCCAUUUUCAGAAACCUUUAAAAUUUAUAUUGGUGAUUUUUAAAAACCAUAAUGUAACAUUGCAAGGUCGGUGAGGAUGGUGCCAUGUGUGUUUUCUCUAGGAUACAUCUCUUCAACAUUCUGAAACAUUCCUGCUUGCCUGCAUUUCCUGAUCUGAAAAAAGGACAGAAUGAAGAGUUACCUAAUGAUGUCUCCACCUGGGCUUUGAUUGAAAUUUGGGAAGCUGGGGGACUACAAACUGCUUGAAAGAUGACUGAACAAAGGCAGGAAGAAUAUUCACAAAUAUUCCUCAACUACCCGAUAAGCUAAAAGGUCUACAUGUUCACGAAGUCCUCCCACUCUAAUCUGGAGGUGCUGAUUUGAUUUUCAGCUGAGACUUCCUACAAGGAGCAAUCACCAUACGCGGCUUGUUGGCCCUGGGGGAAUAAGAGCUAAACUUAUCUAGGAGUGAAAUACAGAGCUUGGGCAAAGCUGCAGCAAAGUUCAGUCCUCUUUCUCUCUUCCUGAUGCAUGGUUAGUCACAGAAGACCUAUUUAAUCUUCUUAAAGAGAAGGAAGAGCCACAAGAGAUAUCUGAGCUGGCAAAACAUCACUUACUGUCAUUUAUCUCUCCACUCUGUCACCUGAUGCUGUGCAAGCAAGCCAUACCAUCUCCUGUGGACCAUCUAUAUCCUUAAGCAGGACAUGGAGGUGAGAGAAAUGAAUGCCUGAAGGUUGUUACUAGAAUCAGCUUUAUGAAUGAAUGCAUGAGACAAUGUACUAGAAGGACACUUAAUUGGAGAGGGAUGUCAAAUUAUUAAAUGGCUUCUUUGUCACCAGUUCAAGGAGCUGCUGCGUGUUCUUCAAAGACCUCCUUGCACAGUUGACUUAAUGCACAGUUGCAGCUUCUUCGCUUCACUUUUUGUGCUUCAAAAGGGCUUCAGAGUAUUUGGCUCUAUACCAUGAGUUAUUUCCUAUCUUACUGCAAAGGACAUUGUAGCGCUGUGCUCUCUCGGUACCAAACCCUCCGAGCUGAAGGAUUAUUGUGUGAUAUUUUAUUGAAGGUGAAAGAAAAUGAAUUCCCUGCCCACAAGUCUCUGUUGGCCUGUUCCAGUGAUUACUUCAGGGCCAUGUUCAAGAGCUAUACCAAAGAAUCCAAGGCUGCCAUCAUUCAUCUGCAAGUCAUCUCAGCGACUGGUUUGCGGCAUGUUCUGGAUUUUAUUUAUACCUCUUGGUUGCCUUUGUCAUUUGCCAGUUUGGAAGAUACCUUGGAAGCUGCCACUUACCUGCAAGUGACUGAGGCAAUUGGCUUGUGCAGCCAAUUUCUAGCUAAUAAUCUGACUCUGGAAAACUGCUGUUUUAGUGCCAAUGUUGCUGCAAAAUUCUAUCUUCCAGAUGCUUUAUCUGCAGCAGAAAAAUAUCUAAUUUUUAAUCUCUGGAAACUCCUGGAUUUAGAUUUGGCAGGACUGCUGGAACUGAAUUUUCACUCUCUGAAGGGAAUAGUAGAAUCUCCUGAUGUACCCAUGGUAAAAGAGUCACAUUUGCUAGAUCUGUUACUAAAGUGGCUGAAGUAUGAUAAAUUGAGGUUAACACACACAACUAGCCUUUUGGAACACAUAAGAUAUGGUCUCAUUCCAGUUGAAGAUCUGAGAAAAACCUACACUCAAUCAGAAGUGCCUCUAACAGCCCCCAUUAAAUGCUUAAUUAUAAAAGCAAUAAACUAUCAUUCACUCAUCUUUAGACAACCUAUCCUGCAAGAUAAGUACAGCACUCUGAGAAAUCAGAAGACACGGAUUAUCCUGCUUGGAGGCAUGAUUGUGGAUGAAGGGCCUUUCAGUGAUGUGGUAGCUUUUGAUGUUUACAACCACAAAUGGCGAAUUUUAACACAAGUGCCAGACAAGUUACAAAAUCAUUGUGUGUGUACAGUUGGAAACUUUCUUUAUGUAUUAGGCGGGGAAACAGAACAUUCACAGAGAGAUCUUCAAAUUCCUGCUUUGACUAUUACAAACAAAGUUCAUCGAUAUGAUCCCAGAUUUAACAAAUGGAUACAAAUUACUGACAUGCUGGAAAAAAGAUGUCUCUUUUCUUGUUGUGUCCUAGAAAACAAGAUCGUUGCAAUUGGUGGGCAAGGUGAGAAUGGAUCACUGCAUUCUUCCGUUGAAGUUUACAACAUUAGCCGAGACACCUGGACAAAAGUUAAAGAUUUGCCAGGCAAAAUUCACGGCCAUGCUGGCACUGUUUGCAAGAACAUUGUUUAUAUAUCAGGAGGCAAAUACAUGGAUCAAAGUAAUACAAGUAAGGAUUUGUAUGCUCUGAGUACCCUAGAAGGACAAUGGAGAAAGCAAGCCCCAAUGAGUAUUGCUCGAUUUGGGCAUCAGAUGGCCACAAUCCGAGAGUCGAUUUUUACCUUUUUAGGACUUUAUGAACCAUUCUCUGAAAUUGAAAAAUAUGACCCUGACCAGAAUCAGUGGACUCGCUUAAGGCCACUGGUUUAUGACCGAUUUAGUUAUGGUUUAGCAGUAGUGGAGGAAACUGCCCUUCUCAUUGGAGGGAAGAAAUGGCAAGAUUCCCAGGAGAUUCCAACCCAAGAUGUGGUGGGCUAUGAUAUAGACAAUGACUGCUGGGAAGAAAUCUGCAAAGCCUCCUUGCCUUGGUAUGGAUUGCAGUGUGCAGUGCUACAGCUUUCUGAACUGAAUGACAUUCAGGACAUUCAACAACAAAAGAGACCAAGUGUGGGGUUACCACUCAGUGAAACAUGAUCCAUAUAGAUAAUUCAGAAGGGCAUAAAAUCAUCAGGAUUUAUAAAAAUAAAGAAAGGCAAUUGCUCUUGCCUUUUAAGUGGUGCUGAAGUUUCAAACUGGAAAUGGCAUUUUCAAAGUGAAGAGUGAAACUGUUCUUUCCAAAAAGCUCAGUUUCCUCCUCCCCAAUUCUUAUUGGUGAAAUUUAUGGAGUAGGUGUAUCUCACAGUAGCAAAGAAUAAUAGCAGUGCUUGAAAUUAAAUUAAAAAGAUAAAGUUAUCAAGAAGAUUAAUUGUUAUGAGGAUGAAUGCUACUUGUACCAAUUUGUGUUUUAAAUUAUAGUUAUUCACGAAAGACCAUCCUGUAUGUUAGAUUAUACUAGUGGGAAAAUGCUGGUUUCUUAAACAUUCCCACCAUGCUAUAGCACGCUAGUAAAGAUUGGCUACUGCAUGUAUUGCAUAUAUUAUAUAUUAUACAAAUUUCUUUUGAGAGAUUGUGAUAAUCUUCUUUUGACUAUAAAAAGACAUGGGGAGCCUCUUUCCACAUUUUUGCUUAGUCAGAUAUUUAUAAAUUGUGUCAUUUUAAACUACACUGAUUAACAGACUUUUAAGUAUUUAAUUUCUGAAGGGGAGGAGUUGUAUAAAUUAUAUAUUAUGAUUUUAAAACUCAUUUUACAGGAUAUCCCCUUUAAUCUGAAAUGUAUACAGCAUAGAUGUAUAGAAGCAGUAUAUUUAGCAUUAAAGAAGAAAGAACAACAAGGAAUACAACAGGACCUUUUCAAGAUAGACAGUCUUACAAGAUAAGGUUGGAUUUUUAUCCUUGGCAGUCAUAACACUGUCUUCAACAAGAUGUGCAGGCAGAAUAACAGUUACAUAGCAACAGGUUGUCAUGCAAACAGCCUGACAGCCCAGUCCUGAGAAUAUGUUGGCAUGGUCUCACUCUGUCUCAGCAUUGCAUAGCCAGCUGCGUAAAGGAGAGUACGUUCAUUCCAAAGUCUCUGCCGAUGCUCAGUGUUACAAGCUGCUUGAUCUUACAAGAUGCAGUCACCUGUUCCAAGCGCAGGUCCUGUGUCCACUGAGGCACCUUAUUCUUCUCCUACAUGGAGAGUUCUUCAGUAUUAGAAGAAAUACAAAGUUCAUGUGUACAUUUUUUAAAAAAAGGAAAGUACAUUUUUUCUAUUCAAUGAGUAUCUAAUCUUGGAUUUUAUCUGUUGCCAAUAUGCUUUUUUCAUUUUGAUUUGUGUUGUUGUUGAUGAUGUAAGAUACUGUGGAUGAUCGUAUUUUAUUCUAUGGUGUAAGCCAACCUAAAGGCUUUGUAGGACUGUGUGACAGGCAAAUCAACUGACAAAAAAAGCACACUGUCAAGCAUGUAUUUAUAUUAGCUUGUGUACGUACAUUGGAAGCUGUGGGUUGUCACGUGUUUCCAGGACAUCUACACACUGUGGGAAGCCUUGAGUAAUCUCAGCUUCUCAUCAUAUUGAACUGAACUAACAUAUACAGGAAUAUUGGAAUAUUGUAGCAUCUAUAACUUAAUCCCACCCCACAACACAGAAGGUCUUUCUGUGUACUUGAAGCAUCUGAAGCAAUGGGAACUGUGUAAUGCCUAGUGCUUAGCCCAAAUCUGAACCCUUCAUCAAGUAUGCCUACAUUUCACUACAGAAAUUCCUUUCUAUAGUUUACUGAUUUCCCAAUUAUACUGGAAAUUAUGUAAUAAUGUUCAAAUAGAUUAAAGCAUUUUGGGACUACUGUACAUAUACGUAUAGCAGGAUGCUGGUGGAAUUGUUAAGCAAACCUUUCUUGUACAGGUGUCAUUUUAUUUUGACAAUCAGGCUCUCAUGUCUUGAAAUUAACUACUGUGUUUGUAUUAUAUAUUCCUAAAAUGUAGAGAGAGAGAGAGAGAGAGAGAGAGAGAGAGAGAAUGAAGUGAAGGAAGAAACUAAAUCUCAACAUUUGGAAUAAAUAGGAUAAUUCAUUUCAGGGUCAAGCAUUUUUAUGUGAGAAAUAUACAAAGUAUCACAAAUUAUAACAAACGGGCCAUGCAAUCAAUAAAUUGUUUAUACAAACAGAACCUUGUAGAUGAUAUAAACAUUUUCACUGGUCCUGAAAUUCCAUACAAAUCUGAAUGCAUGGUUUGUUAUUCAGGUUCAACAGAAUACAGAUUUACAUAAAAUUAGCUGUAAAAAGGCCACUCUCCUGUACAAUUGUGCAAAGUUUGCAAGACAUCUGCAAUCGAAAAAUGCAGUUAAAAAGAAAUGGACAAUCCUUUGAUCCUUAGUUUACUCCCAAGAGCUGAACACAUAAUGCUCUUUAAAAGUUUAAAAGUACAUUCGCUGAGCUGAACAGGCUAUAGCUGGAAGCCAGAUGAGAGAAAGAGUACAACUUCUGAGACAGAUUCAUUUAAAAAGACUUAUUUUUGCCCAGGUAUCGAUCAGCUCAUAUCUCAGCUCCUCACAUGUGCAGAAAAGCAUUAAGAAGCGGCAUGGCAAUCUUUUUUUUUUUUUGGACAUCCAGAAUCAUGACAAAAAUCAAGGUGCUGAUAAAGAGCAAAAACAUACAGUUUCUAUGAUGAAACCUGUCUGUG